AUGCAGCAGUUGGAGAAGAUCCCUGAUUUCAACUAUCACAUCAAAUGUGAGAAGUUGAAAAUCACUAGCCUAAGCUUUGCAGAUUAUCUGCCGUUGUUUCCUAGGGGGGAUAAAAGAUCCAUUGAGAUAAUGAUUAGUAAAUUCAAUAACUUCUCUAGGUAUACAUGGCUCAAAGUGAAUCCUAGAAAAUUCCACAUUUACUUUGGAGCUGUAGAUGAAAAUACUAAGGAGGAUAUAAAGCAGUUUACGAGUCAAUUUCUGGAUGCGAUGCUGCCAUUGCCUAAGGCUGUCAUCCAUAAGAAUAAUGCUGUUUGUAGGAGAUGUUUGUGGACAGGUGGUAAAGAGGUUAAUAUAAAGUUUCCCAUUGCUUGGAAGAAGGUGAAUUUGAUGAAGUUGAUGUGGAACAUGAGCAAGAAAACAAAUAACCUGUGGAUCAAAUGUAUCCACACGUACUACAUUAAAGGUGACAAUGUGAUGAAUAUCCCAGCCAAGGAGAGUCACUCGUGGUUAUUGAAGCAUAUCCUAAAGCAGAGAACAUUAUAUCAGCAAAUACAGACACAUUUCCAACUUGGUGAGGAAUUAUUCAUGAAGGAUGUUUAUUUUGCUAUGCAAAAUGUUGAGCCCAAGGUUAGUUGGAGAAAUCUGUUUUAUAACAACUUGGCCCGUCCCAGAGCCCAAUUUGUGUUGUGGUUGCAAGGAGCUGAAAAGAAUUUGGAUGGAAGUUCUUUGUGGAUUCCAAUUAGGCAUAACCCAAUGGAGUGGAAGGAAGAGUUGAAUUGGUUUAUUCAAAGGUUCAAAAGUAAAGGCUGGAGAUCAAAGAAUCUAAAGUGUGUUGCUACUAAAACAAUUUAUUCUAUUUGGAGAUACAGAAAUGAUAGUGUUUAUGGCAAGGAUGUAAGUAGUACCAAGAUUGAGGGACAAAUCAUAGAUACUAUUGUGUAUAGGGGGUGGACAAAUAAGAAUUUUAGUAAUCACAUAACAACUCUUAUGAUUAGGUGGUUGUUGGGUGUUUUUCCUUUAGUUGGUGUUUUUGGGUGCUUUUGA